GGGGACGGGAGGGUAAGGGAACGCCAAGCCUUCGGGAUGUUCUGUAACUGAUGUUGUCAAUGCUGGCUGGGGGCGGCCCCUGUGAGCGGCCUCCCCAGCGGCUUCCUGUAGGGGAGCAGGGGCCGCCCCCUCUCCCCUUCCUCCGGGCGCUCUUCCUCCCGCCUCUCCGCCGCGCCCCGCCCCGUCCCUCCUCUUUCCUCGGAGGAAACUUUCCGCCGGCUGGCCCAUCCUUGUGUCCGGUCGCACCGCCGAGCGAGCCGACUCGGGCGGACGGGGCGGCCCGCCCUGGGUGUAUGAGGCCACCGGGGAGACGCCACUGCGGGGGCCCGGCUGCGGGACGCUGACGGGGUGGAGGACCUCACGUAGGUGACCUCGCAGGCUGACAGCGAGCGGCCCCCUCCCAGCAGCAUGGAUGCCCCGAGGAGGGACAUGGAGCUACUCAGCAACAGCUUGGCGGCCUUUGCGCACAUCCGAGCUAACCCGGAGAGCUUUGGCCUCUACUUCGUGCUGGGUGUCUGCUUCGGUCUGCUGCUGACCCUAUGCCUGCUGGUCAUCAGCAUCUCCUGCGCGCCUCGCUCGAGGCCCCGGGUCCCUGCUCCGCGCCGGGAUCCUCGAGGCAGCACCCUAGAGCCGGAAGAUGAUGAGGACGACGAUGAGGAUGAGGACACAAUGACGAGGCUGGGUCCCGAUGACACGCUGCCGGGCCAGGAGCUGUCCACAGAGCCCGACGGGCCCCUUAGCGUCAAUGUCUUCACCUCAGCAGAGGAGCUGGAGCGGGCACAGCGGCUGGAGGAGCGUGAGCGGAUCCUGCGGGAGAUCUGGCGUACGGGGCAGCCGGACCUGCUGGGCAGCGGCACGCUGGGGCCGGGAGCCACAGCCACGCUAGGCAGAAUGCACUAUUACUGACACCCUUGCCCCCGCAGCAUGGGGCCCAGACUACUGGACACGGGGCUGAACUCAGUGCUGCCUCAGGCCCUUUAAACGGCCUCUGCCCCAACUCUCUUGGUGCUAUUGGGAAUGGAUCGGCUAAGCACUCUUCACAGGGCAGGUGUGGGUGGGAAAAAGAAUGCCAGGUCCCACCUUCUCCCCCUGGUAAUAUGAAUGACCAAUGAAAGCUAGUCCGUGA